GGUUCGAAGUCUUUUGGUGCCUCCACCCGGUGUCCAAGCCAUCGCCUCCCGUUGGUGUGCAGCAACAGUCAUGCCGCGACUCGGGAGGAGACGGCGGGAAGAGCUUGCUGUUGUGGUGAUGGCCAUUGCUGGCAGGAUGGCUGAGGAUGCCUUCAAAAGUCUCGAUUCACUGCUCGGCAACCACACAUGCAGACCGUUGCUGUUGGGCCGGGACGAUGACAUGGCGGGGACGACUCUUGGAGAAGACGAUGACGACCAGACACGGGGACGGCGUAGUCUGGUUUGGUUGUUGCCAACGAUUUAUGACAUCUGCAAGCUAUCGCCACGGGCCUUGCCUAGGUGGUGGGUAAUGCGGCGGGCAGCCGGGUUGUGGAAAGACCUCGUUGCCGCGGAUGACGCCGAGAACGACCAUUACUUGGGGCUUCUACGCAUGCGGCGGUCCAUUUUCAACAGGCUGCUGCGUAAGGUGGGCCCCCUUUUAGAGAAACAGGUGACGAAAUUCAGAUUGCUGUUGCCGCCAGCUAAGAAACUGGCGUAUGCUCUUGACAGAUGGGCCCACGGAGACGGGCACUGGCACAGUUCCUCGGGGUACAGUAUGGGGAAAACCAGUGCCUUGCAGGCCGUGCGAGAGGUGGCGGAAGCCAUUCACGCGGCGUUCCCGAACGUCGUCGGUUUCGGUGGACUGGAGGAGCGUCACCGUCGAAUGCAGCGGUUUAGGGCAUUGGGUUUCCCCAAUUGCUGGGGGUGCAUUGACUGCACUCACGUGUAUGUCGACAAGCCACGAUCUGCCGACGGUGACGACUACUGCUCUGGGCGUAACAACAGGUUCUUUGUCGUUGCGCAACUCGUUGUCGAUUCGGAGCUGCAGAUCCUGGACUUCUGCUACGGCUUCCUUGGGACGGUUGGCGAUGCCUGGGCUCUAAAGAACACCUCGCUGUACAGGCGAGCCCUUAAGGGUUCCUUGUUCGUUGACCUCCCCGACGACCCGUUCCGUGCAGAGAGGCCUUCGAUCCCCAGUGUUCUUGGUGGAUACUUGCUCGGUGAUGGCGGGUAUCCCAAUCUACCUUGGAUUGUCAUCCCCUAUGGCCAACAGCCACACCUGACGAGGGCGAUGCAACGUUUCGACGCCCUUCACAAGAUUGUGAGGUCUUGGGUCGAGCGAUUUUUUGGAGUUUUCAAAAUGCGUUUCCAGUACUCCUAUAGGCCGCAUAUAACGGACAUGUCGAGGGAGAAGUUGGAGUUGCGGGCGUGUUGCAUCAUCCAUAAUCUCCUACAGGCUUGGGGAGAUAUGCCGGAGGUGGACGGCGAACUCAGCGAUGCGUCGUCUCCUGACGGUCCGCCUCCGGAUGUUGACCUGCGUGUGGACGGUGCCCCUCUCGAGUAUAUGUUUGGCAGGGAGCGUGGUCAGGCCGUGCGGGACGCACUGUGCACAUAGGUUGUUCGUUUGUGGGAACUCCAGAGACGGCAGACUGCCAUCCAUGGCGGGCACCGAGCAGCGCAGGGACUACGCGUACAAAAGGCGUGC